AAUUCAAGUUGCCGUCAAGCUUUUUUUUUUUUGCCGCAAAACCCUGAAAAAUCUCUGAAAAUCGUGAUCCUUCAGUUGAGUCAGUGUUUAUUUGAUCUUCAACUUCGUUGCCAGAGAUCCAUCGGAGGAGCUUGAGCUAGUGAUUUUUGGCGAAUUUUUUUGGGUUUUUUUGGUUGGAUUUUUGGCGAUUCAAGUGAAAUAUUGAAGGAAAGGAGAUUUUAUUGGUAUCUACAUCGAACUGUGGAGGGAAGUGGAGAAUUUCCCCCAAUUUCUCCAUUGGCGAUUCCAAGUGAAUAUAAUGGAUUUUUGGCGGUAUUUAGGGUUUGUUCUUUUGUGAAUCAUAACAAAAUGGCUGGGGAACUGAUCAAAGGGGCGAUGAAUAUGAGAAAGAUUGUUCUUUGGUUUAUUUUGAUGAUUUCAGCUUCAGCAUCGCUGCUGAGGGCCAGUGGGAGGCAGUUGACUGAUGAUUCUCACGAGAUGACGGUGGAAAAAAUAUUGUUAAACUGUGGCCUGAAUCCUACAAACACAAAACCAAUUAUGGAAGAUUUGAAGAUUUCUGUUGUAAAGGGCAUUGUCAUUGAUUCUGUGAAGGAGGGCAGAUGGGUGAGGUUCAGUCCCCCCUCCCCUGAAUUAAUGGACACACUCCUUGAUUGCCUGAGCAAUCAUGACUUCCUUCUUCAUGUUUCUGGAGACGAUAAUUUAUGGAACAAGUUUUAUGAGUACGCUACAUUCACUGCUUCAAGAAGACAACUGGAAGAUCAAACUGAUACAAUAAUGUCCCCUAACUUGGCCCCUGCCCCAGCACCAGAUCUAGCAUCAGCUCCUGCACCUGCUCCUGUUCCAGGAUUAGCCCCAUCGCCAGGCUUUGGUGUUGAAAUACCCAGGUUUUUUCCGUCUCCAUCUCAUAGUCAAGCUCUUGGCCUUUCUCCUGCACCGAUUCCCAUGAGUGGGUUGGUAAUUUCUAAUGGUCCAAGUCCUGAUAAAGAUGCAGUUAUGCCACCAAAAAGUCACCAUGGAAGCAAGAAAACAGUUGUUAUUGUAGCUGUCCUAGUUUCAGCAGGGAUAGCUGUUCUUGCUUCAUUUCUCAUUUUCUGCUGCUGUAGAUGCUUCAGGAAGUCUUACAACUCAGAAAAUGGUCCUAAGGAUGACAGGCCUCUUUUGACUCUGAGCAUGAGUGACUUUUCUGGUGCAUACAGAUUUGGGCUUAGUACUCCAACUCAAAAGUAUAAUGGUGGAUCUUCAUUUGUCAAAACAAACUCAAGCUUAAAUGGACAUAUUUUAAGUUCAAACGGUUCGGGGGAGUCUCUUGCUUCUGAAAAUUUUUCUGGAAAUUCUAUUUCAACCGAGUCAUCCAAUGCAUCUAGCAAUGCUGUUGGACUUAUCCCACCUUCUGUGCCACAUUUAAAGCCGCCUCCUGGAAGGAACAUGGCUUCUCUUGCAGUGCCUCUUCCUCCUGCUCCCCCUUCGCCUCUUCCCAAAUCUAACCCUGGUCCUCCACCUCCUGCUCCUCCACCUCCCAUUCCUAAACAAAAGCCUGGACCUCCACCUCCACCACCAUCAAAAGCUUCUGUACCUCCUCGUCCUCCUCCUCAUGGAGGCUCCAGUUCUUCGAAGGUUCCUUGGUCGUCGCCUCUCGGGCCGAAUGCUGAUGCAGAUGCUGAUACUCCCAAAACUAAACUGAAGCCAUUGUUUUGGGAUAAAGUUUCAACAAAUCCUGACAAAUCUAUGGUUUGGAAUGAGAUUAAAUCGGGUUCUUUCCAGUUUAAUGAAGAGAUGAUAGAGACCUUGUUUGGCUAUCGUUCUGAGGAAAAAAGGAAAGCUGAGGGCAGAAAGGGCUCAGUUUUGAAUGAUCCUUCUCAAUAUAUUCAGCUUCUUGAACCCAGGAAAUCUCAGAAUUUGGCUAUUUCGUUGAAGGCAAUGAGCGUAAAAGUUGAUGAAGUCUCUGAUGCGCUAAUGGAAGGAAAUGAGCUUCCGGCAGAGCUACUCCAAACAUUAUUGAGAAUGGCACCGACCACCGAUGAAGAGCUGAAGCUUAGAUCAUAUUCCGGUGACCCAUCCCUACUGGGCCCUGGUGAACAAUUUAUAAAAGCAAUGAUGGAUAUUCCUUUUGCUUUUAAACGGAUGGAUGCAUUACUAUUCAUAACUUCACUACCAGACGAGGUCACAAGUAUCAAGGAAUCAUUUGCGUCUUUAGAGGUAGCAUGCAAGGAGCUUAGAAGCAGCCGGCUAUUCCUGAAACUACUAGAAGCUGUUCUCAAACUUGGUAAUCGAAUGAAUGAUGGCACUUUCCGUGGUGGUGCUCAGGCAUUUAAGCUCGAUACUCUCUUGAAGCUGUCCGAUGUCAAGGGUAUUGAUGGGAAGACUACACUCUUACACUUUGUUGUUCAAGAGAUGAUUCGAUCUGAAGGUGCAAGAGCUGUUCGACUGGCCAAAGAGACCCAAAGCAACUUAGAUGUAAACUCUAAUGACCAAAGCCUUGGAUUAAAGAUAGUUUCUCACCUGAGUACCGAGCUGGAGAAUGUCAAGAAGGCGGCUGGACUAGAUGCUGAUGCCUUGACCAACACAGUGGCCAGUCUAGGUCAUCAAUUGGUAAAGGCAAAGAAGUUUCUUGAUACUGAUAUGAAAAGCACAGAGGAGAACAGUGGGUUCCUCCGGCUGCUGAAAUCUUUCGUUGAACAUGCUGAGGUUGAUGUUACCAUCUUAUUGGAAGAAGAAAAGAGAAUCAGGUCGUUGGUGAAGAGCACAACGGACUAUUUUCAUGGGAAUUCAGGGAGGGAUGAGGGCUUAAGGUUGUUCAUGAUUGUGAGGGAUUUUCUUGGUAUGAUUGAUAAAGCAUGCAAAGAAGUGAGAGAGUCUCAGAAGAAAAUGGCAAUGACACCGAGGACUAGGGAUACUCUGACACCGGCAGCGGUUGCUGACCCCAGACACCAUCUUUUCCCAGCAAUUAGAGAUCGAAGGGUGGACAGCUCGAGCACAAGUUCUGAUGAUGAUGAAUCUUAAGGGUUCCAUUAGAAUAGGCUUCUGCCCCUGGGAGAACGAUGUUCUGUUGAACCGUAUCAUUGAUGGUUGUUGAUGCCAUUUUCGAUGAUUGCUUCCCUCGCAAAGCUAACAGCUCAGAAAGAACUCACAACUUGUACUCAAAUGACUUGCUACUGAGCAGAGAG